CGCUCUGAAACCAAAAAAGUCGUUCGUUUCUCGCACUUGGUGGGUUUCUGUGUCUGAAACUCAUAAUGAAUACAACAAAAUUCUGCACCACGAGCUGUUCUCAAUUCGCCGGAUUUUCCCAAAGGCCCAAAAACUCGAACUUCUCUCAUUUAAGCUUCGAUUCAGCUACUUUGUUUAUUCCAAUUGCCGGGAAAUUCUUCGUACCGUGCCGGCGAAGCCGCUGUACUGCGUCGUAUUGUAUGUCCACUCCGGCUUGCACAGUCAAGGCUUCCUCCACCAGUGGCACGCCUAAUGACGAGCUGGAAGCUUCAUCUAAGGGUGUGGUUGGAGUCGAUGAUUUGUUGAUUGUUGGGCCAGGCGUGCUCGGACGCAUAGUAGCUCAAAAAUGGCAAAAGGAACACCCCAAGUCUCAAAUUUAUGGACUGACAUUGACACCCGAUCAUCAUGACGAGUUAAAAGAAAAUGGAAUUGUUCCAUUUCUAAAGGGAACCCAAGUGGCUCAUAAGUUCCCUAAUGUUAUCUUUUGUGCUCCUCCUUCCCGAAAUCCAGACUACCUAGGCGAAGUUAGGGAAGGAACUUUAAAAUGGAAUCGUGAAGGUUCUUUCUUAUUUACUUCAAGUUCUGCUCUCUAUGACUGUUAUGACAAUGGAUCUUGCGAUGAGAACACUCCAGUAGUACCAACGGGGAGGAACCCGAAACUAGAUACUCUGCUGAAUGUGGAGAAACUAGUGUUGGAGGCUGGUGGUUGUGUUGAUGCAGCUUCUCUUUCAAUUGCCAUCUUGAAAAAGAAAUUUCGUAGCCAGAUAUUUCUUGGCUGUGAUAAUAACCCGUUAUCCAGGCAGGAAGUAAUGGAAUUGGUUUGCAAGAGUGGAAAAUAUAGUAAGAAAUUUGAAGGUUUUACCGGGACAACGGGUCCUUUAGGUAAGAAAUUGAACAACUCAAGAACUCGAUCAGAACUAGGGUGGCAGCCAAAAUAUUCCAGUUUCUCUCAGUUUCUUGAGAGUCUCGACUAAGUAUCGUGGUCAACGUCAUUGUCCUCAGACAUUUCUCUAGUGAGUGAUGUGUUCCUUGUGCAUGCCUAGAUAUCUUUAGCCUCAUAACAAUUGUAGAUUACACUCCAUUUGAGAGAUUCAAAGUCGAAACUUUAAAGAAUCCCUCUGACAUAAGCAAGAUUCAUUAUCUCAAUACCAAUUAUCGGAUAGCGAUGCUAGGCCUUGAGGUUUCUUAUUUUGAAAAUUACGAUUGAACAAGUUUUUGAUCGACUUUUGUAAACUUCAUUGCCAUCUCCCAAGAAAAAUUCAGAAAUUAUAGAACCCCUUUAUUGUGUAAAUAAAACUGCAUCACAAACUUGUUACAUUUGGAAUAAAAUGUACGACACGAAAGCUAAAAUAUUUUAAACUUAUCACUCGCUAGUACAACGUUGAAGCCCCUCCAACUUCACUCACUCCUUUUGAACUUUAGCUUGUAAACAAAGCUCCCACAACAACUCACUCGUUGCAUCCAUCUCCACCUCUUCUUCCACCCUCAUCUUCUCGCUCAACUCAAGCGCCUUUCCCCUCAUCCGUUCUCCCGUUUUCUCCACAAUCACUUCAUUUAUCGCGUUCGCUAUCUUGUCUCCCUUAUACCCCUCACUAUUCCCUUUCCUCUCGACCUCCACAUAAACACCGGCAUCCACCAUCAUCUUAACAUCUACGAACAUGUUGAGCUUCAUCGGCAUGCCUAUGACGGGCACCCCAUAGUACACGCUCUCCGUCAACGAGCUCCACCCUCAGUGGCUCACGAACCCUCCCGUGCUACGGUGCGCCAACAAAUUGGCCUGCGGGGCCCGCCCGACCAUGACCAACCCCUUUUCCCGAGGAACCCUUCCGGAAGGGCCUCCUCAAGGGGAACCGAACCACCCACACGAAGCUUGCGCGGCAAGCCUCGAGCCCCCUCGCUAUCUCCGCUAUCUCUUCCUUGGACGGGAAGCACUCGAAGCCGAACGAGACGUACACGGUCGACCGUGGGCCUUUACCGUCGAGCCACCGCAGAAUCUCCAAGCUGCGAGCGGGCCCACGGCCGGGAGUUUCUUCCGGAAGGCUCCGGAGAGGUAGUCGAUGUACUUCUCCUCCAACGCGCGACACGUCUUCAGCAGGACAACACCCGACGAGAGCUCGAAGUUGAUGAAAGAGUUUCGGCCCUCGAAAAAGAUGUUGUCCUUUAGAAACUCGACGAACGAGUCCAUUCUCUCCUUCGCGUGGUCGGACAGAUGGAGUUCCGGGAAAGGGAAGUUUUGUUCGGUGGAGUGGUGGUGGUAGACGUAGGAUGUGGUGGCAGUUCGGAGGGGGAGAAAAUGGACGGCCGGGAUGCUCUUGGACGAAGCGAUUCUGGCGGCCCACGGUUGGAAAACGUCGUAGAUCACGAGGUCGGGAUUUAGCGUGCUGACGAUGUCUGAAAAGUUGGGUUCUGAUGUCUGUAAUAAUUUUAGGAGAGAGGGGAUGAGGUUCGAGGGGAGAUUUUUGGUGGUAUGGUGGUUCGGGGGAAGCUCCGGCGAUGGCUGCAAAUGGAGUUGAACCAAGUCUAUGGAGUGUUGAAGCGAGUUUUUGAGAAUGAAGUCUUGGAUUGAGGGGAAAUUGACGGCGGUCGUGCACAGGUGGAUGUGGAAGUUUUUUCUGUUGAGGAGUCUUUUGGCUAGCUCGAGAUAAGGGAAUAUAUGGCCAUGAGCUAGCCAUGGGAACAUGAGGAUUUUCAAAGUGUGUUUGAAUCCAUNCUGUCUAAGAAAUCGUAAUAAUAUGGUUAGAAUCUAAAAUUUGUUUUUGUUAU